UCAAUUUUCAAUGCUAAUAUCUUUCUCUCCUUUUUCUUUAAUACCAAUGGCAUCACUAAGGAACACUCUCCCACUCUUCUUAUGUCUCCUCGCCGCAACCGGUCCUUUGCCCUGCCCCGCCACCUCCGCCACAGACACUUUCGUCUACGGUGGCUGCUCCCAGCAAAAAUUCUCUCCCGCAUCUCCUUAUGAGUCAAACCUCAACUCGCUUCUAACUUCUCUAGUCAACUCAGCUACAUACUCUUCCUACAACAACUUCACCAUCAUGGGCUCUUCCUCUUCAGACACUGCCCGUGGCCUUUUCCAAUGCCGUGGUGACCUAUCCAUGCCCGACUGCGCCACGUGUGUGACACGUGCCGUCUCCCAAGUCGGCCCUCUUUGCCCUUACACCUGCGGUGGGGCCCUCCAGCUAGCCGGUUGCUACAUCAAGUACGAUAAUGUCAGCUUCCUUGGCCAAGAAGACAAGACCGUUGUCCUAAAGAAAUGUGGUCCCUCUGAGGGUUACAAUACCGAAGGAAUCAGCCGGAGAGACGCUGUUCUCACGGAACUACUUGGCGGCGGAGGAUAUUUUCGGGCCGGAGGGUCCAGUGAUGUUCAAGGUAUGGGGCAGUGUGUUGGAGAUCUAACCGUUUCAGAGUGCCAAGAUUGUUUAGGAACGGCCAUCGGACGGCUUAAAAACGAUUGUGGCACAGCCGUGUUUGGAGACAUGUUCUUGACCAAGUGUUACGCAAGAUAUUCAACUGACGGUGGAAAAUACAAUGCCAAGUCUCAUAACUAUAAAACAAACUAUGGUGGAGAAAGGACGUUCGCCAUCAUCAUAGGACUACUAGCUGCAGUUGUUCUUCUCAUUAUCUUCCUUCUUUUCCUAAGAGGCGUUUGCAGUCGCGGAGGUAAAUAAAUGUCAAGAGCGUGGAUCUCAGAAAAGCAAAACUUCAGAUGAGAUGUAUAUCGCUUUGGAUUCUGUCGACUUUUCAUUAUUUCUUUUUAAUUACUUUUUUCUGCACUAUUUUAAUUGUUUUAUCUCGAUUGUUGUUACAUAAUACUUAUGAUAAUAAUUAUUUUAAUGAAAAGAGAGCCGAUAAAAGGAGGUUCUAAGAAAUGAAUUUUAAAGGGCUUUAUGGAUAUCCAGAAAGAUGAUUA